AUGUUCCAUCCGUACUACCGUCGUGGACCUUCCCGCCUUCUCUGGUUUCUCAUCGGAGGAGGAGUCUUCGCCUGGUGGUAUCACCACAGAGAUAGGAAGGAGGCGAUUAUGCAGGGCAGAACCCCCGAGCAGUGGGGAUGGCACGGGUGCCACAAAUGGGGUAGAGAGAGGUGGUUAGAGAAUGGCCCCCAACAGCGGCAAAACGGAGUUCCCGCUACGGGAACAUCCGCCGCUCCCGCAGUGGCAGUCGAUGCCAAUAACAAGCCUGCGGCCACGACAACCCCUCAGCAGGGUGAUCCCUGGGAGGCUGAGAGGGAGAAGAUGAGGCGAGUUGGGCAGCAGUCGGUGGAAGCUGCUUCUGACAUUGCCGAACUUAGUCUGGACGGUGUGUUAUCCGCCGUAGAAGGACUUCGGAGCAAGCUCGCUGAGUUCCGUCAGCAACGGGAACAGCAUCGUGCACGUUCACAGAGUGACCCCUUGAAGCCAACGGAGCCCGAGUACAAAGUGUAG